UCUCCUCAAAGCUACACCGCAAGUAAACUCACAAAUCUGUUUAAACUAUGACAUCAUCUAAAAUAAGAUAAAAUCUUGAGUUGACCCUCAUCAAUACGUAAGACCAGAGUUCCACGUUUGAAAUCAGUUUCAAGAUAUCCUAAUGUUUAAAUUAGCUGCGGACCAGGUUCAGCAAAAAUGGCGUCGUUUGAUAAAAUUCUAUUCUUGAUUUUAACCUUCUUUGGCAUCACUUCCCAUGGAAUGCAUACGGUACCCGAACUAAACCCGGAGUCGUACGUUGGAAGAUGGUAUCAAGUCUACACAAAUGCUGUAUCUGACUUUUUCACCGGCGUUCAAGAACCAGACUGCGGAACUGCAGAUUACACCUUAAUCAAUUCGACAUACGUCACAGUUUACAACGCUAAUUAUCGUCUUGAUGAAGAGUUUACGGACGGACUUGGUGGCUAUGCCUACAUCCCAGAUCCAUCAAUUCCAGGAGAGUUAAAAGUCGUACUUGAUGGCGUACCAGUGGCUGGCGAUUACUGGGUCUUCAAAUUAGGGCCGCUGAUCGAGGGUAAAUACCAAUACAGUCUAGUCACGGACGGCCAGGACGCGCGUCAACUUUACGUUCUAUCACGUGAUCCCGAGGAAUUCUACGAUCUAUACGAUCACGAGGUCUCAGAAUACGUGGCGCUGAAUGGGUUCACGGGACCGGUCAAAACACCUUAUGAAGUACCACAUCCUCCAGAAUGUCGCUAUCCUCCCAGCCCACCGGAAUAGAUGCUAAGGGUUCUGAACUCAAUAGAUUUCGCAUCCGACGCAGAACGAAAUCAGGAACACAGUUAAUUGAAACUGCCCGUCAAAUUACAAUGAACAGCUGGGAGGUCUUUGUCGAAAAUUUAUGAACCAGAACAGCAGUUUCGUCCGAAAUUUCGAAGCUGAUGAAAAAUUGUAAAUAUUUCGCCUGUCCAGAGUUCAGGACGAAACUGUUGUUUUGAUUUACUUAUUCUCGACAAUGGCUUCUUUGGUUGCUCUUUGUCGCAAAAAGCAUUUGACAAUCCAUUUUUAUGUUCUUGGAAGCGUUCUGCGUGGCGGUUUGAAAACUCCCUCUCGUGUUCAGAAAGGGAGAGGGUGAUAUCUAAGUUGACAUUGAACACAAUAUUUCGAGCGAAUGUACUGCCUAUUAAAGUAAAGUGGAAUUUAUAGGGGCAGCAGUACUAGCAUACCUAUGGCAUGUAUGACGAGUCACAAAUGAUUCGUGACGAGCCACCAGCAAGUUGAAGGCCUUUUUUUGCUUGUCAAUUUUUUUUGGCGGACAAUUUUGCCCCCCCCCCCCUGUGGAAAAUCCUAGGUAUGCUACUGGGCAGCAGUGUAUAAAAAAGUCAGUAAAUAUUAAUAAAGAAGAGAAAAAAGGUAAAUUAUGCUCAUCACUUACGAGGCAAUUGAAAAAAGGAGCUUAAUAGGAGGGGCUAAAGCUCCUUCAGUCCCUAUUGAUACUGUCUUCCUUGAAUGGAUUUGCAAUGUAAUAAAUAAAAUACAAACCUUUACACAUGUAUAGCGUGACAAACGGCUUCCAUGCAUACAAAACGGCACUUUUGUUUUAUAGUUAGACGAUAUAGGUGAAUGAAAUAAUGGCUAUAAUAUGAAAGCUACGACCAGUUUCAUACAGCAAUUAUGAAGAAAUUAAGAUAAUAGUCCAAAACAAUACUAAUUAAGAAGAAAUUCAUCGAAUUGUAUCACCAAUCUUUGUGUAAUCAUAAGUUUCAUUUGGCCUUAGAUUAUAUUUACAUGCCACUUUAUCAAAGCUAUUAAACAUAAAACCCUCAACGACUUAUCAUUCAACGCUAGUUUCGUCGAUGUCAUCGAGGCUAUCCGUCCGCGACGUAGGGUUCAAGAACUUCAAUAAAAAUGUAUUGUCACACGCCACUAAGACAGCAGUUUCGUCCUGAACUCUGCAAAAAAGACUUUGUAAUUUGUAAUUUUUCGUCAUCUCCAAGACUUAGGACGAAAGUACUGUUCCGGUUCACCAAUUUUCGACAAAGACCUCCCAGCUGUUCAUUGUUAUUUCACGGGCAUUUUCAAUACAUUGAAAACGUCCUAGAAUCCUCCGUACGUCAGUGAGUUACGGAGCUCAUAGAGCUAUUACUAUGAUUAUAUCAUCAUGAUCAUGAUCAGGGGGAGAGGAACAGGGAAUCAUCUUACACUUUUUGUUCAUAAAGCGUGUACAAGAUUAAAUGUGUACAAUGUCUCGACCCGUCAGAAGAACAGCCUGUGGCUCUGUGGCGUACCCAGGAUUCGUCCGCCAAAAAAAUUUACAAGCAAAAAAAAAGUUCUUCAAC